UCAUUAUUCCCCCCUUUUACUUUUCCCAUUUCUCAGUUUUCCACCAUUUCAAUUCACAUUGUUCUCAAUCAAUCAUUCCAAUUCAAUCGCCAUCAUCACCAACCAUUUUUCUCAAAUGGCUUCCACUACUCUGCAUCAAUCUCCUUCUACCCAAUUCAUCCCUCAUUUCCAUUGAUCUCAUUUCAUUCCAUCUACCAUUUAGCUGUUUCUUCUACAAUCUGGAAGGAUAACACCCUCUCUCUCUGAGCUCCUUCUUUCUUACCUCAUUCCAGUAGACUGAUCAACCAGCAUACCAUCAAGAAUAGCACUUGUAAUUUUUUGUGGAGAUGGUUCUGGGAAUAAGAUCAAAGAGUAGAAAGAGUGUAUCAACCCAAGUUAACUACACCAUCCAUGUUCAGGAGAUCAAUCCAUGGCCCCCUUCACAAUCACUAAGGUCUGCUAAAUCUCUAUUUCUGCAAUGGGAAAAUGGUGAUCAGAAUUCUGGGUCUCUGAACUCAAGUGCUGGCGAUGGAAAAAUCGAGUUUAAUGAAGCUUUCAACCUCUCAGUACUUUUGUGGAGAGAAGCAUCCAAGAAAGAGAAACACCGUGAAAAUUUCCAGAAGAAUUGUCUAGAGUUUCACUUGUAUGACAAGAACGUAAAGAGUCAACUCUUGGGAUCAGCCACAAUAAACCUUGCAGAUUUUGGGACCAUUAAGGAAACUAAAGCCAUAAGCAUUCCAUUGAACUGCAAAAAGAGUUUCAGGAGCUCGACACAACCAUUUCUUUAUGUUACUAUUCAGCCAUUUGAUAUAGAGUGUUCCAGCUCAUCGCCAAAUAGCAACUUGUCAAAAGAAUUGUCACUAGACAAGGAAGAAAGUGAAUCUGUAUCACAGUCGCUUAAAGAUGAUGAUGAUAUUGCAAUUGCCUCUUUUACCGACGAUGAGGAUGAUGACAUUCCUUCAAAUGCAUCACAGACUAUCAGAUCAGCUGCAGAGAUUACCAGAGACAGCGCCAAAAUCAGCGAAAGAGAAACUAAGAGAUCUAAUGGACAAUUUGUUCUACCCUCAGAGAGUACUACUUCUAGCUCACUUGGAAACACAAAGGUUGAAGCAUCCCCAGAGGCCAAUGGCAUCAAAUCUCCCUCUUCAUCUGCAGUUCUGUACUCAAAUAUGGGAAAUGCUGCAAAUGACAGGUCUUCUUUGCAUAAAAUUUCGAAGGAAAGUGUCAAAGCUGAUGUUGCAAGUUCUGAAGUUCGAGAACGCAUUCAACAAUCCCGUGGGACAAAUAUCACAAAGGGGGGUACACCCAAAGUCAUAUCUCCAGCUUCAUUCAUUUCAUCAAGUAUGAAACCAAACUUUGAAAGAUCUUCCCAAUCUCAAAUGACUCCUGAGAAUAGCAUGAUUCUAGAAGAUAGCUCACAAGAUCAGAUAUAUAAUAAAGAUUAUACUGAGCAAGUUAGCAGUGUUUUUAACACUGGAGUUAUGGAGGAGAAAGAGAAAAAGGAUGUGAGAAGAAAAGAAAGAGAACAGUUUACAAUGAGGAGUAAAUCAAACUUCGAAAGGUCUUCCCGUUCUCAAAUGACUCCUGAUAAUAGCAUGACUCAAGAAGAUAGCUCAAAAGACCAGAUAUAUAAUAAAGAUUGUACUGAGAAAGUUAGCAGUGUUUCUAACACUGGAGUUAUGGAGGAGAAAGAGAAAAAGGACAUGAGAAGAAAAGGACGACAACAGUUUACAAUGAGGAAUGACAUUUCAGAAAACGACCUUGUUAAUAAUUUUUCUGAUGAUGAUUCUACAAUGAAGGAGAAAUUAAAUAGUGCUGCUCUUCUGCGAAGGAAAAAAUCACAUGUUCGUCCGACAAAAGUUUUGGUGAAUGAUAAUGCAGAGGAUGUGAGAAAUAAGUCUACAUUAAAAUCUUCUGAAAGCUAUGGGCAGGUCAGUAGGACUCAGACCCUAGAUCAUGAAGCAAAGGAUGUUAAUGAUUUGAAUAGUAUUCAUCUUGGUACUGCAUCUCAUGAGAACAAUAAAGUGACUGGUAGCUUUAUUAAUGGUAAUACUGAGUUGAAGGCUGAAGUUGAAAGGCUUAGAGAAGAGCUGAGAGAAGCUGCUGCUCUUGAAGCUUCAAUGUACUCAGUAAUUGCUGAACAUGGUAGCUCAUCAAAUAAGGUCCAUGCACCUGCUCGGCGCCUUUCUAGAUUCUACUUCCAUUCUUGUAGAGUUGGCUCCCCUGCUACGAUAGCUAGUGCAGCUCAGAGUGCUGUCUCAGGAUUUGUUUUGGUUUCUAAAGCAUGUGGAAAUGAUGUUCCAAGGUUGACAUUCUGGUUUUCAAAUUUAAUACUUCUAAGAGCAAUUGUGAGCAAAGGAGUUGAAAAUAAAUACCUGGGUGAUGGUCCAUGCAUCAACAGUGAAUAUGAUGAAAAUGCAGAAAAUCAUUUACAUAGCUGGCAGGAUCCAAAGACAUUUUUAGUUGCAUUGGAAAAGGUUGAAGCGUGGAUAUUCUCUCGAAUUGUUGAGUCUGUGUGGUGGCAGACUCUGACCCCAUAUAUGCAGUCUGCCGCUGCUAAGAGCUCUAGCUCAAGGAAAAUAUAUGGGAAGAGAUUUCAUAUAGGUGAUCAAGAUCAAGGAAGCUUUUCUAUUGAUUUAUGGAAAAGAGCUUUCAAGGAUGCAUGUGACAGGCUUUGUCCUCUUCGAGCUGGAGGGCAUGAAUGUGGCUGCUUACCUGUGAUAGCUAGAUCGGUGAUGGAGCAGUUGGUUAAUAGACUUGAUGUGGCCAUGUUCAAUGCUAUUCUUCGGGAAUCCGCUGAAGAGAUGCCCACGGAUCCUAUAUCUGAUCCCAUUAGUGAUUCUAAGGUUCUUCCUAUUCCAGCUGGAAAAUCGAGCUUUGGGGCUGGUGCGCAACUAAAGAAUGCUAUUGGUGACUGGUCAAGGUGGCUCUCAGAUUUGUUUGGCAUUGAUGAUAGUGACUCUCAUGAAGAUAGCAAUGAAAAUGACGGCCCAAAAUAUGAAUCAUCCUUCAAACCUUUCCCCCUUCUUAACUCAUUAAGCGAUCUGAUGAUGCUUCCUUCCGAAAUGCUUGCAGAUGGGUCUAUGAGAAAAGAGGUGUGUCCUAGAUUUGGUGUAUCAUUGAUAAAACGAGUUGUUGACAAUUUUGUCCCCGAUGAGUUCUCCCCUGCGCCUAUUCCAGAUGCUGUUCUUGAGGCCCUGGACAAUGAGGAUAUUCAGGACGAUGAAGGGUCCAUCACAAGCUUUCCAUGCAGUGCUGGUUCCACAUUCUAUGAACCACCUCCAGCUCGUUCAGUUGUGGGCAUGCUGAAAGAAGUGGGAACCCAAAAUUCACUAAGAAGUGGGUCAUUUGUGCUCAAAAAAUUAUAUACCAGUGAUGAUGAACUUGAUGAAUUAGAUUCACCCCUUUCUGCUCUUGGCAUGGAUGACUCUUCACUUGGAUCAAUGAAAAAGUUUGCAGUAGGAAAAGGAGGUCGUAAGGUUGUUCGAUAUGAGCUUUUGCGAGAAGUAUGGAAAAGUAGCAGUGAAUGAUAUAUUUUGAUGAUGGUUUUAUUCUUGAUCUUGUGUAUAUGUGUAUUUACAAUUUAGCUUAGUGUAUUCAGCGUUUGUUUUGUUGUUUUGAUUUGUUUUUUGAAAUAAUAAUCUUGUACCUUAUAUGACGUCUGGGUGAAUGAAUUUUAUCUCAUUAUACAAGUAUCCACACACAAUGUCAAAUUUGGUUCCACUAUUUCACUUGGA